AAUCAAUGAAAAAGCCUUCAUUUUUCCUCUCCUUCCCAAAUCGGUCUCCAUACUGUCAUUCAUGGAGAAUGAUGACCUGUGAGGCAUUUACGACCAAAGGGUUCUUAUUUCUUGGGAAUAUUAGCAAAAUCUGUUGCACAAUUACAAUCCCAGUUAACUAAUUAAUCGAAUAAGAACACUGAGAUAGCUCGAAGGAAUGGGGGAUGAAAUGAUCAAUGAGAAGCUACUGAGGGGAGGUAAAGGAGAAGGUGAUGGGGAGGAGAAAUUCAAGGACAAGUUAUGGAAAGAGACCAAGAAAAUGUGGGUGGUGGCUGGUCCAGCCAUAUUCACCAGGUUUUCGACCUUUGGUGUGAAUGUCAUCAGCCAGGCAUUUGUGGGACACAUUGGCUCUACAGAGCUUGCUGGCUAUGCCCUGGUCAUCACAGUCUUCCUCAGAUUUGCUAAUGGCAUCUUGCUCGGAAUGGCCAGCGCUUUGGAGACUCUGUGUGGGCAAGCAUAUGGUGCAAAACAAUACCACAUGCUUGGAGUAUACCUUCAAAGAUCUUGGAUCGUAUUGUCCAUAUGUGCAGUUUUUCUUCUUCCACUCUUCAUCUUUACCACACCAAUUUUGGAAGCCUUAGGCCAGGAUGAAGCUAUCUCAGAAAUGGGAGGAAAAAUUGCACUCUGGUUGAUCCCGGCGCUGUUCUCCUUCAUUGCAUCAUACACCUGCCAAAUGUUCCUCCAAGCACAGAGCAAGAACAUGGUUAUUGCAUACUUGGCAGCGUUUUCGCUUUCAAUUCACAUCUUCCUCUCAUGGCUUUUGACAGUGAGAUACAAGUUUGGACUUUCUGGGGCCUUGAUAUCAACAGUUUUGGCAUAUUGGAUUCCAAAUCUGGGUCAGCUAGCAUUUGUUAUAUCUGGAGGCUGCCCAGAAACAUGGAGGGGUUUUUCAUUCUUGGCUUUUAAGGAUCUGUGGCCGGUCUUCAAGCUUUCUUUGUCAUCUGGUGUUAUGCUCUGUCUUGAACUCUGGUACAAUACUGUACUCAUCCUUUUAACAGGAAACAUGACGAAUGCUCGGGUGGCCAUUGACGCCCUCUCUAUUUGCCUCAAUAUCAAUGGUUGGGAGACGAUGAUAUCUUUUGGCUUCUUGGCUACAGCAAGUGUGCGGGUGUCGAAUGAACUUGGAAGAGGAAGCUCAAAGGCUGCAAAGUUCUCAAUUGUGUACACAGUCCUAACAUCAUUUUGCAUUGGCCUCAUCUUAUUCACCUUCUUCUUGUUCCUCCGUGGGCGUCUAGCAUAUGUGUUUACUGAAGAUCCCCAGGUGGCGGCUGCAGUCGCAGAAUUAUCACCCCUCCUAGCCUGUUCUAUACUUCUCAACAGUGUCCAACCAGUUCUUUCAGGUGUUGCUGUUGGGGCUGGCUGGCAGAGCACGGUUGCAUAUGUUAACAUUGCAAGCUAUUACCUAAUAGGAAUUCCUGUGGGAGCAGUGCUUGGUUAUGUGUUCAAUUUGCAAGUCAAGGGGGUCUGGAUGGGCAUGCUAUUUGGCACAUUUGUUCAAACUAUUGUUCUCAUCAUAAUCACUUCUAAAACUGAUUGGGACAAACAGGUAUCAAUUGCUCAAAAAAGAAUUAACAGAUGGUUUGUGGAAUCUGAAUAUGCCAGUACUAAUCAGUAAAGAUUUGUGAAAUAAAAAAUUUUAUUUUGUGGAAGAGAGAGAGAGAGAUUUAUUCAUCUCUCUUAAAUUGAAGAUAUUAUGAUCUCUAUCUAUUUUAUUUGUGCCUUUGUGAAAGCACAUAAUCAAUCAUGAAUUUACUGGGUGUUUGCUCAAUUAAUCAACAACAGUGAUGCAAUGUCCAAGAGUUAAGAGUAGACUUUGACACAUAUUAGGUUUCCUUCACAUAAUAUGCAAUGGAGAUUGGUUUAGCUCUUGCAACUGAGCAUUCAGAAGCAUGGCUUAGCAUGUGCUUUAUAACAUGCAAUAGCAGCUUUAUUUACACCUUCUGCUUUUAUUAAUGAUUCCUAUUUUACUUUCAGAAUUACUAUUAUUUAUGAAAAAAUUCCUAUAUAAUGUUAGAUUUAUUUCCAUGUUAGUUGGAGAUUCUGAAUUCAAAUGAUAUGUUGGAUAGCCCAAAGCUAUUCAAUCUACGAGUUUAAGUGAAAUAAAUGAUCAUGCCUUCUAACAUAAUUUGAAGGAUGAUCAAGGCGCAUGGAAAGUCAAGUCACCAUGAAAUGAGGCCAAAAAGACAAUUUCUAAUCCAACAAAAUACCCUUUUGGACUUGGCCCCAGCCCCAUUCCAUCCCGAGGGCAAAAGGAUAAAUUAUUGCAUGGACUUUUCUUAAGGCAAAACUAAAUUCAAUGUACCUUCCAUCUGCUUUUUAAA